AUGGCUGCUGCACUCGGUGUGUUUCCACCGUUUGCGGUGAUUAUCCCUGGCUUUUCAGUUGUGACAGAGUUUCAAUGCCUGGACGGAGUGCGUUGGAUUACGCCUGUGGGCAACGCACCAGAGGCCAUUGUCGUCUUUCUCACCUCCCCAGCGCCACUCCCUCCCGGCAUGAGCCUUGGCAUCUACCUUGCCCGAGAGGACGAUGGUGCCUUUGUGUAUGUGGGCCACUUGUCAAACACGCGACCCAGCACCAUCUUGCGUGUACCAUCUGUCUUACUAAACGUCAAUGUUCCGGUGCGGUUGGUGCUUGGAGUUAGUCAAGAAAAGCAGGAGGAUGUGGCAAACCUCGGCGCAACACAGGAGCAGCCGCUGCAGCAAGAGCAAGCGGCGACAAAGCUUGUCAUGGCAGAGCGUAUUGUGGAUGAUAUGUACAAUUUUGUCAUGUCUUAUGGCCGGGUGUUGUCUGCGGAUCCAAGUGACGCUCAGUCGGAGGAAACAGUGUACCUUCCCGCCUCCUUUGUGAGCCGCUGGCGGGAGCGUGUGUUGACGAAGAUGCGCAAGGAUGCAUCCUUCUGGAGCUGA